UUCAAUAAGCUGUAAAUCACUGAAAUCCAUCAUUGUGAAGAGGUGCAGCAAGUUGAGAGAUCUGUCUCUGGCUCACACAAAUGACAGAAAGCUACCAUCAAUCCACUGUGAAUGUGUAGACAGUUUGUGGAAGACACUCACUUCAGAUGAUAAACAGAAGCUAAGGGUUUGUUUCAUCAAGGAAGAAUCCAUUGAAGCCGGAGCCCAAUCAAGACGAGAAGAAGCAUCAACCAGCGCCAGUGGGAGGUCAGAGCCUAUAACUGCGGCGUCAAGCAUGAUAAUAGAUUAUCAAGAAGCAAGCGAUGAUCCCACAGAGGAAGGUGAAGAUGAGAUGAUAUAUGAUAGACCGACUCCUGACAUCAUUCGGAAUCCGAGUACAAGGUUGGAGGAGAAAUACGAGGUUGAAGAAUCGUGUUUAGAAGGUAAGAAGAUGGAGCAUGAACACCCGGGAACUUCUGCCGGUGCAAGCUCGACAGAAGUCGAGUUGCAGAAGGAAAAUGUUGCCGCCAUUCCCAUGGACCUACUUCAUCAAAUGCAGAAAGUAAGCAUCAUGAGGAGAGUUUCUCAAGCCCUAUCUAUAAUUAGUAGAAAAGUGACAACAAAGGGUGGUGCUCUCCACUUGUGAAGCUAAGACUACAGUGUGCAGAUUGAAAGCUUGUUACUUUCGGUGGUUUUCGAGUUUAAAAUUGUAGGUUAGCUUGGUUUGCAAAAAUAUGCCCUUUUUUUUAGGUUUUAGAAUUUGGCUAAUUAUUUUGAAUUUCGGCAUUCGUAAGCCAUAUUUGGACCCAAUUCAAUGUUUGCAUUCCACAUUUCAGCCCAUCUUAAGUGCAAAAUAGUUCGAUUGGACCCAAAUAUGACCCACGAACGUUCAAAUUUAAAAUAAUUGGUCUAUUUCUACAAGUAAAAAAAAUGGCCUAUUUGUACACAUCAUUCUAAAACAAUGGCCUAAAAGUUUUACUAUUGAGAUUGAGACGUAGUUUUGCAACUGAGAUUGAGAUAGAAGUAGCCAGCUGCACACAAACACUUCAGCAGGAAUAAUGAGAGUUGGGGAUUUUAUGCACGAAAGAGCAAGUCAUCGUAAACAAUUCUAUACUAAUAGAAUGCUAAAGAAUGCAUUGCUCAAGUAAAAGACAAAGAUGAAGAACAACAAUCUCCAAGAACAGGGGUAAUGUUAUUAGGUGGCUAAUCAGGAGUGCAGCAGAUCCAGUUUAUGGUCUUUGUUUGCUAGUC